AUGAGCAUUUGCGACGCCGUCGACGAGGCGGAGGCGGGGUCCAACACGAUCAGCCCGGCGGCACGAGGGGAGGCGCUCGACGACGAGGCGCCAGCCGCGACGGCGGCAGGAGGCGAGGCGAGCAGCAGUGCUCCAGGAGGCGAGACGGUCCUCGGGCGGCGCGAGCGAGGGGAGGCGCUCGACGACGAGGCGCCGACCGUGAUGGCGGAAGGCGACGAGGCGAGCAGCGGUGCCCCACCAACGAAGCGACCGCGCGGGAAGAAGACCAGGGGCGGCAGGAAAGCAAAGAUGGGGGCGCACCAAAUCAGUGACGAGCGUGACAGAGAGAGUGAGGGUGUCUAG